UUGAAAUGCAUGGCAUUUACCUUGAUCCUUUUGAUUUAUCAACUUUUGUAUGCCUCAAUACAUUAACAUUUUAAGUAGAGGUAAAGGCUCAAAACAGUUUUAAAUAAUAUGGUUGUUAAAAAUAAAUACUUAGAAUAAAAUAUUUCCAUUAUAUAAUACUUGCAUGCCUGUAGGUCAUUAAAGAUUGUAAACAAGCAUGGAUUUAAAUUUGAUUGUAAUUUUGGUACGUUAUAAAUCUAGUAUGAUUUAACAAAACUUGUGUGCAAUCUGAACAAUUUUUAACUGUAGACACAAAGGAAAGAAAUGAAAUCUUCGGCUCCAGUUUAUUGUUGGCAAACUCACCGAUGUCACCGAAAGUCGUCAAUGGCAGCUUUGCCGCUGUUUUCGACAGUGGGGCUUCUGACUGGAUGAAGGGAUGGUCCUUCCAAGGCAACUUGCACCGUGGUAGCCCUGCCCGGAGGAAGGUAUUUCAAGGGAAACAAUUUUCUCUCGACUCCAGGCUUGACCUGGUCGAGUACUGGAUCGGUAUGAAUUCAGCAGCCACACUUCCUACUUGUGUCGAAGCCAGGACGGCCAACCCAUCACAGGACAAGGAAGAUACAGAUGAGACUGGUGGAACCAACCCAAACCGGUCACAGUCUUCAGACGGUCCCAACAAUAUUUUCAGCCAAAACCAAACAGAGCAAGUUGUUAAAAGCGCAAAACUGUGUUUGAAAUGUGGACACUUAAACAACAGUAAAUAAAAAUGUAAUAAUCAUUGUGAAUAUUUAGUAUUUGUCUGUUUAGUAAAUUUUUUUUAUAAUAAAAUAAUUUAUAAAAUGUUCAAAGUAAAAUAUAAUCUUUUGUACUUUUACUUCCUUUCUUGUUAAAAAUGUUUUGUUUGCUAUACUAUUUAUGUCUUAAUCGCACUUACAGAUCAUCGGAACGUAGGUUUGCAUGUAAUUUAAAUUAACUUAUUAAGCUUCAUAACUUUUACUUUUUGCUAAAUUUACUUAACAUAAAAAACAUUAUGUUAUGCUUAAGAUGAAAAAUGAAUUUAAAAGAAUAAAUUCAAACAUAAAAAUUAUACAAAUAAUUUUUUUUAAUGGGCAGUAUAUAAAAAAUUCUAUGAAGUGAUUUUGUUAGGUAGACUCUCUGUUUAAUAUAUUUAAAUCUAUAAAAAAAAUUAUAUUUAUAGAUAUUUUUAAAUAAUACUUACAAUUAGACAAAAUUAUAUUAAGAGUGGAAAUUAUGAUUGUAACAUACAACUUUACCAUAGAGAAACUUUAUUCAAAAAUGUUGUGUUGACAAUAAAUCAUGUAUAUAUACAUAUAUUAAUGCAAGAUAAUUCGUUUAACAUAAUUGUCUCAAUAAACAUUUCUUCAAUUAAUGUA